AUGGUAAACGAGCUCGUGCCGCAGGAAGGCAGGACAAGUCAGUGGUUCUAUGAGCAAUAUACGCUACCUGAUUGCCAGGAUGUGCGCCUUGGUGAUGAAAAGAGCGACGAUGUGCCGUUUUACUGGAUCAACUGCCAAACCGAUAAGCACGGUGACUGCAAGACUGCGGCAUAUCCGAUUGGGAGUUUUGCCGUUUGGGGAACACUAAAUUAUGAUGUUCACGAAAGCAAUGAUAAUUGCCGCAAGUGGACUGGGUUUGGAGCCGCGAGCACGGCGAGAAUAAACGCCGGCUGGCUGAUAGCGGCGCUGGUGAUGGCUAUGCUGGUGGUGGCUAUGCUGGUGGUGGUGUAA